AUGAGGUGGCAGCGCGGCACUCGGUUUAAUGGUCUCCGGCUGAUGGUCCCAUGGUUGUCAUCAGUCUUGGUCCUGAUUCUGGGAUUCUGGGGCCUGGCUACAGCUGUUGCAACACCACAUGAACAGCAUGCCUCAACUGCUUUCUCCAGCCAAGUACCACUGGAUUGGUUGCUUACUGAUCGAGGACCAUUCCACCGAGCCCCAGACUACGUUGACUUUAUAGAGCGCUAUCGGCAGGGUUUCACCACUAGAUACAGGAUCUACCGAGAAUUUGCUCGUUGGAAAGUCAAUAACUUGGCAUUGGAAAGAAAAGAUUUCUUCAGUUUGCCUUUGCCUCUGGCUCCAGAAUUCAUCCGCAACAUUCGUCUUCUGGGGCGUCGGCCCAGCCUUCAACAGAUCACAGAGAACUUGAUUAAAAAAUACGGGACCCAUUUUCUUCUCUCAGCAACUCUUGGAGGGGAAGAAUCCUUGACCAUUUUCGUGGACAAACGGAAGCUCAGUCGGAAGGCAGAAUCUGGAAGCCUCUCAGGGAGUGGUGGAAGUAACGCGACCGUUUCCUUGGAAACACUGCAUCAGCUGGCAGCCUCAUACUUCAUUGAUCGGGAGAGCACCCUCAGACGUCUCCACCAUAUCCAGAUAGCAACCGCUGCAAUCAAGGUGACUGAAACCAGGACGGGCCCACUUGGCUGCAGUAAUUAUGACAACCUCGACUCUGUGAGUUCAGUUCUCGUGCAAAGCCCAGAAAACAAAGUUCAGCUACUUGGUCUUCAGGAAGUAUUACCUGAGUACCUGCGAGAACGCUUUGUUGUUGCUGCCCUAAGUUACAUCACCUGCAAUUCAGAAGGGGAGUUGCUGUGCCAAGAUAAUGACUGCUGGUGCCAAUGUGGGUUUAAUUACCCACAAUGCAAUUGUCCUGAGACUGACAUCCAGAGUAUGGAAGACAGCCUUCUCCAGAUCCAGGAAAUCUGGGAGAGUCACAACCAACAGUUUCGGGAAUCAGAGGAACUACAGUCUCUUGUGAAGAAGCUACCAGUGGAUCGCUUCUUGAACAUAACUGCCAUCUCCCAAUAUUGGGCAGCAGAUGUUGAUAUUCAGCAUCACUAUCAAAAAUUGGGCAUGACUUUGAAGAUGCUAUCUAAGAAAAGCCAUCGGAUUGUCCGACGCCUUUUCAAUCUGGCUAAACGCUGCCCCAGGCAACCUCGCUUCAAACUCCUGAAGGAGAGGCCUUUGACCUACUGGUGGAGCCACGUUCAGUCCCUCCUUUACUGCAGCGAGACUUCUGUGAAAGGGACAUUUGUUGAAGAAAGCCGUAGCUGCAUCUGCCCUAAUGAUCAGCCUUCUUGUCAGAUCACCAUCCCUUGUAGUGCAGGAGAAGGGCCAGAAUGUGCUGCCUGUGCAGAAGAUAACAUCACCCAGUGUGGAUCCUGCAAUUCUGGAUAUAUCCUCACUUUAGGGCUGUGCCGCCCAGAGGUGGCAGAGUCUCUUGAGCAUUACCUAGGUCUAGAAACUGACCUGCAGGACCUGGAGCUCAAAUAUCUUCUGCAGAAGCGGGACAGCCGCAUUGAAGUACAGUCAAUCUUCAUUAGCAAUGAUAUGCGCCUGGGGACAUGGUUUGACCCUUCCUGGAGGAAGAGGAUGCUGGUGACACUGAAAAGCAACAAGUACAAGCCAAAUUUGGUCCACCUCAUGCUGGCCCUCUCCCUCCAGAUCUGCCUCACCAAGAAUAGCACCUUGGAACCAGUCAUGGCCAUCUACGUCAACCCCUUUGGGGGUAGCCAUUCCGAAAGCUGGUUUAUGCCUACCAAUGAGACUGGCUUCCCUGACUGGGAAAGGACUAAUGUAGAUGCCUCUGGCCAAUGCCAAAACUGGACUCUCACUUUAGGCAGCAAGUGGAAGACCUUUUUUGAAACUGUCCAUGUCUAUUUGCGGAGCCGCAUCAAAUCUCUUAACGACAGUUCUAAUGAAACCAUCUUUUACGAGCCUUUGGAAACGGAUCCUUCUAAGAACUUAGGGUAUAUGAGAAUCAACAGCUUGCAGGUCUUUGGCUACAGCCUGCCAUUUGAGUCUGAUGCCAUUCGGGACCUUGUCCUUCAGCUAGAUUACCCCUAUACCCAAGGGUCCCAGGACUCUGCUAUAUUACAACUGAUUGAGAUCAGGGACCGAGUCAACCGUCUCUCCCCACCGGGGAAAAGCCGCAUUGAUCUUUUCUCCUGCUUGCUUCGUCAUAGGCUCAAACUAGCCAACAAUGAAGUGAGUCGGAUCCAGUCUACCCUCCAGGCCUUCAAUGCCAAGCUCCCAAACCCAGUGGAAUAUGAGACUGGGAAACUUUGCAGCUAG